UCACCAUCUAUGUAAUGUAUGUCUACUUCGUUUGGAUUUACAUUUAUGUAUAUUUUGAAAAGCAAGUAAGAUGGCAGAUAAACAUGUUCUUUUCACCGCAAACUUCUGUUCUUUGUUGGUUGCCACAGUGAUUUAGACUUGAAAGCGCCCAUCUUUUCAUGUCUAUCGACACUGAUGGUUGAUAAGUCACUUGGCUUGUUCAUGUCCGCUUUUGACCCUUUAUUUCUAUCUUCUCCUCUUUCUUCAUAUUCAUUUUUCUCCAGCAACCUGCACUGCCUUUCCCAUUGAACUUUGCAUUUCAGAGAGAUAGAGAGAAUGGGGUCUCUAGGAGGUGAAGCUGCAAAGAAAGCAAUGUGGCUGUAUCCAAAGCUCAUUGGUUUCAGCCCUACCGAGAGAUGGGGGCAUUCUGCUUGCUAUUCUGAUGGAUUCAUCUACGUCUUUGGGGGAUGCUGCGGUGGCUUGCAUUUCAGUGAUGUCAUCAUGCUAAAUCUUGACACAAUGGUUUGGAACACACUGGUGACCACGGGACAAGGUCCGGGCCCAAGAGAUAGCCACAGUGCUGUACUUGUUGGUCAGAGGAUGAUAGUAUUUGGCGGCACAAAUGGCUCUAAGAAAUCCAAUGACCUUCAUAUAUUGGAUCUCAGGUCUCAAGAAUGGACAAAACCGAAUUGCAAAGGGGUUCCACCCUCCCCUCGUGAAAGUCACACCGCUACACUUGUAGGGGAUGAGAAGCUGGUGAUAUUUGGGGGCAGUGGUGAAGGUGAGGCAAAUUAUUUGAACGACUUGUAUGUGCUAGACCUCAAGACCAUGAGAUGGAGUUAUCCUGAGGUCCGGGGCAAUGGUCCUGUGCCUAGGGAUAGUCACAGUGCUGUUGCCAUUGGGAGUAAGAUUUUUGUGUAUGGUGGAGACUGUGGUGAUAGGUAUGAAGGUGAUAUCGAUGUCUUUGACAUUGAGACAAUGACCUGGUCCAGGUUCCUUGUUCAAGGACCUUCACCAGGUGUUCGAGCAGGCCAUGCUGCUGUUAAUAUUGGAUCAAAGGUAUAUGUCAUUGGAGGAGUGGGAGAAAAGCAAUACUACAAUGAUGUUUGGGUUCUUGAUGUAAAUAGUUGUUUGUGGUCACACCUUGAGAUAGGAGGCCAGAAACCACAAGGUCGGUUUUCUCAUACUGCUGUUGCAACUGACACAGAUAUUGCCAUCUUUGGAGGGUGCGGGGAGGAUGAACAUCCUGUCAAUGAUUUAAUUGUUCUGCAGCUUGGCGGCGAACAUCCCAAAGGCCGUUACAAUGUUUCCUUGUGUAAAAUUUUUGGAAACCACUGUAGCCAAGAAAAGAGAAGGCUUUCAAGAGAAGCAAGGACUAAUUCGAGGACUGUGUUGUUAGGGAGUAAUGGAGAGGCAGUCAGAAAGGAAGCUCAGGAACUGGAAUUAGAGUCAAAGCAGUCAUUUCAAAUUAAUUCAGAUACUUUGAAGAGGAAAAGAAUGAGUAAUGCCAGGACAUGGGAGACAGAAUCAGAACCAGAGGAGCAUUCUCUUUCGCUGUCCCAGCACUCGUCUCCAUCACAAUCCGACCAGGAACAGACCCCAGUUAAAAGAGUAGCCCGUUCGGUUGUGGCUUCCCAAGUAUUCCCCUUGUUUAAACAUUGCAGUCAAAUUCCAAGUAAUAGCCACUCUGACGCUGACAACGUACUGAAUAACCGAACGAACCAGAAAAAAUCUGUUCAAAAAAGUCUACAGGAUUUCAGUUUCUUAACAGGGCAGCCAAAUCAGCCUGACUCUGAACAGCAUCUUCACAUUGUUCAUACGAGUAGACAUGAAGGACAGUACUCUGUAAUUGAACCAAAACCCUUGGGGGCAGCACCGUUCCAAAACCUGGUUGGAGCCGAUGUUCGAGGCAAAAUUGAUGGACUCUUUGACUCCGGCUACCUGAUGACUGCAAUUGUAAACGGGAAGAUUUUUAGAGGAGUCUUAUUUUCUCCGGGACCUGAGGUUGCAUCAAGAAGCGGCAUUCUAGGCCCAAAUCAUUCAUCGACAAGUCAGAGAGCCAGCGUCCCUCAAAGAUGCUCGCUUGUGAACCAAGUAAGCCCUUUUACAAGACAUCCACAAGAGCCAACGGCUCAUUCUGUGACAGAAUCUUGCCGGAGCCUCCAGCAAGGUCAUUCGACUCAACCGUCCAUCGGUGCUAGAGGCACUUCAUCCAUAGGCAGAGAGCUGCCAAAGCUCAAAAGUGAUCUUCAAGGUGUUGUUCUAACACUGGGAGGUCUAGGAAAUGAUCAUGGUGAGUCCUAAAUGCAAAGGGAUACACAAACACUUGAGAACCGAGAAUCGGCCCCCCUUAUUUUCCAAUGUGAUUUUGGAGUUGAGGCUUUCAAAGUUAGGCAUCCAAAGUUUUAAGUAGGUUAGUUGGGUGGUUGAUCUAGAUGCUGUGAACUUAUGUACAAGGAUAUUUGUAGUUUCUUGAAGAUAACAUAUGUAUGUAUCCUCUUUGUUGCUCAAGAAUCUUCAAACUUCAGUGCCAUUCACUACAUCUUGCUAAAUAAAGG